CCGGCGGGGCGCGGCCGCGGCCUGAGGGCGGUCAUGUCCGGGGUGGUGCGGACCCUCAGCCGCUGCUUGCUGCCGGCCGAGGCCGGAGCCCGCGAGCGCAGGGCGGGCGCGGCGCGCGACGCGGAACGCGAGGCCCGACGGCGCAGCCGCGACAUCGACGCGCUGCUGGCCCGCGAGCGGCGCGCGGUGCGGCGGCUGGUCAAGAUCUUGCUGCUGGGCGCCGGCGAGAGCGGCAAGUCCACCUUCCUCAAGCAGAUGCGCAUCAUCCACGGCCGGGAGUUCGACCAGAAGGCGCUGCUGGAGUUCCGCGACACCAUCUUCGACAACAUCCUUAAGGGCUCGAGGGUGCUUGUAGACGCUCGGGACAAGCUUGGCAUUCCCUGGCAGCACUCUGAGAACGAGAAGCACGGGAUGUUUCUGAUGGCCUUCGAGAACAAGGCAGGGCUGCCUGUGGAGCCUGCCACCUUCCAGCUCUACGUUCCAGCCCUGAGCGCACUCUGGAGAGACUCCGGGAUCAGGGAAGCCUUCAGCCGCAGAAGCGAGUUCCAGCUGGGUGAGUCAGUGAAGUACUUCCUGGAUAACUUAGACCGGAUUGGCCAGCUGAACUACUUCCCCAGUAAGCAAGACAUCCUGUUGGCUAGAAAGGCCACCAAGGGAAUCGUGGAGCAUGACUUCGUGAUAAAGAAAAUCCCAUUUAAGAUGGUGGAUGUGGGCGGCCAGAGGUCGCAGCGCCAGAAGUGGUUCCAGUGCUUCGACGGGAUCACAUCGAUCCUGUUCAUGGUGUCCUCAAGCGAGUAUGACCAGGUCCUCAUGGAGGAUAGGCGCACCAACCGGCUGGUGGAGUCCAUGAACAUCUUCGAGACCAUCGUCAACAACAAGCUCUUCUUCAACGUCUCCAUCAUCCUCUUCCUCAACAAGAUGGACCUGCUGGUGGAGAAGGUGAAGUCGGUGAGCAUUAAGAAGCACUUCCCAGACUUCAAGGGCGACCCGCACCGGCUGGAGGACGUCCAGCGCUACCUGGUCCAGUGCUUUGACAGGAAGCGCAGGAACCGCGGCAAGCCUCUGUUCCACCACUUCACCACUGCCAUAGACACCGAGAACAUCCGCUUCGUGUUUCAUGCCGUGAAGGACACCAUCCUGCAGGAGAACCUGAAAGAUAUCAUGCUGCAGUGAGACAGCCCCUCUGCCGUCCUCUCGUGGCCUCCGUGGCCUGUGGCCACAUGUCUCUGGUGUGUCUGCCACCUGCAUGGACCUGCAGUGGGCAUCUCGAAGCCACACCAUCUAAUACCUGGCUCAAGAAUGCUGGACUGUCAGCCACACCAGCGAGCUGCGGGCAAGAGGACGUGGGAGUGUCAGUGAUAGCUACUGAAUCGGGGACUGAAACUACUGAAUCCACGCCAUCGCUCUGGUGUUGAUCUGUAAAACCUGGGAACACAGCUUUCUCCCUCCCUACAGAAACUCUUCCUUGCUGACACGACUUAACCAAGGUUCAGGUGUGCACAGACACACAUGCUCUCAUUAAUGACAGAAACACAACCCCAGCUGGCCUUACAGACAGCUCUUCCCUCUGACUCGCAGGUUCUCACGGAGACACACUAACUCGGAAGCUUAGCCUCACGGUAGGCUGUAGAGGGCAUGCGCUGCUGCUAAGCUCAGAGUGGCUCAGCCGCAGUGCCACCUCCCAAAGUGAACACACUGCCUUUAAAAUUGUGCCAAUACCCUCCGAGUCCCCACUCUGAGGCACGUCAGGGCCAGCAAAGAAGCCAAGUCAGGUGUCCACACUCCCGACUAGAGAACAAGGUGGGAGCUGUGAAGCUGCCUCACCGCCCCAGGAGCCACUUACCGUGUCUCCAUGCCCAGUGGGCCGGCCGCAGUGUGGAAGGUGACCUCUGAAGCAGCUCUGGCAGCCUGUGCACACAGUGGUGCUCUACUUCCCCAGCCUCCACAGCCCAUGGCAAAGACACACAACCAAGUGGCCUUGUAGUUUGCCUUACUUGACAGUUGUGGCAUGUAGCAUCCCCUGUCCUGGGCUCUGAAAGUGGGCCCAAGACACUCUGCAGCUGUAGAGCGUCUUCAUGUCUUGGCUGCUGGACGGGCCCCAGCCACUGGCCCUUUAGGAGAAGCCCUGGGGUCUGCACACCGCCCUCACCAUUGCCUUCACACAGUGCACUCUGCUCUCAGAGUGGCUGGCAGGCCGCAUUCUGUCGCUGUGCACAUAAAGUCAGUCAGCACCCUCCUAGCCCUGGUCCAUGAGGGUGCAGAAGGCUGGGGACAUCAGCACAACCUGCUAAGCCUCGCCUCCUUGGCAGGUGUCACUGUUUUACAAUACGUUGCAUUCCAGACCUGCCUCUGUCACUGAUUGCUUUCUGGGAGCGGGGGUGUGGCUUAUAACUUCCCCAGAGUGUUGUUUUGGUUCACUAACAUAUCCAAGGGCCCUGUCUGCAACUGAACUACUCCUGACACUUGAUCCCUGUUGCAUCCUUGUCUUGGCUCAUUUCAGGCACCAGACACAUAGGAUUCUUGGAGCAGAUGCUAAGCCAGGAGACAGGAUGGGGCUGCUUCUUAGAGCCCUUGUUAUGGCAGCGCUCCAUCUAGGAAACAGCAGUCAGUCUCUCCUGCUCACUGUUCUCCCUCUCUGUGCUCAAGUCUGUCAGUGCUCGCUGGCCUCUGGCUCUUCCCUUUGGGGAGGGAGCGGCUGUUCUGCCUGCUUCACCGAGUCUUCACAAGCUGAGGGGAUGAGGCCAGGUUAGUACCAGGGACCAGCAACCUUUCAGGGCUCCUUGGGGGUCUCAGGUCCACACACAGUGAGCAUCCCUUGCCAGGUGCCCCAUGUAUCUGUCAGUGCUGAGACGCCAAACACACAACCUGUUCCCAGCUGCUGCUGGGGGCCACUGUGACCGAGGAGAGUGUGGGGUUGCCAGGGAGAGCGCUGUCCCUCUGACAGCCUGACCAGAUGAUGUAGCUUUGAAAGCCGGCAGCAUGUGAGUAGCAAGAUGUGACCUUGAGCUAGCUGAGCAGAACACAGGUGGAUGGGCAGAGGCCCCCAUCCUGGCGAGCUGAGCCUGGCUGUGUCCUGUCAGGACGCCCUACUCUGUGACCCUACCCUGUGAUCUGUGAAGUGGUGCAGUCGGAAGACGAGGCUGGAGUCCUUUACAAGUUUCUACACUAGAUUGUAGCCAGGUUUUCUCCCAGGCCUUAGGCUUUGGUUUACUUUUAAUUUUAAUUUCACUGUUACCCUUGACUAUUGUCCUUUUUGUUGCAGUGUUGGAGAGGCAGGAGGUAUUUGUGCCUCAUCUAUUACUGCAAAAAAAUUAAAUAAAUGUAACAAUAAACGUCCUAAAAUCA